CGAGGACGGAUUGUUGCUGAAGCAGGAUAUGGGCGAGAAGUAACGAUUGAUUCAUCUCUCGAAGCUCGGCGGCUUUUGUCCUGUGAGGUUGGUAGUUCAUAGGGGUUGAGAAAUAUAGGUUACAACAUUCUGUUGUAAAAGAUGAUUUCUCUUUAUCAGUAUUGAGAUUCCCCUUCCCAUCAAGCACCAUUGAAUGGCAUCAAGAUCAUACAAUUGUAGACAUUGUAUUCUCUCAGCCUUGUAAUCUGCAGAGUCAGAUUCGAGUCCCAUCAUGUCUAAAUACGGUCCCAAUGAGCCUUUACCUCCAUCUCCUCGCUCGAGGGACAUGUAUGGGUCACCAGAAGGUUCGACGUACAGCCCGAAAAUGGCAUCCCCGCGUAUUAAAGUGUCGCCGCGAACAAGAAGGCUCAAAAAGUGGCCCAGGAAAGAUAUACGACGUAUGCUCCAUGUUGUGUAUCGUGUUGGCAACAUUGAGGAGUCCAUAAAGUACUAUCAAAAAUGCUUAGGUAUGCACAUUUUACGUAAAAUCGAUGCUCCAGAAGACAAGUAUCUGACUGUUUUCAUGGGAUACGGAAGAGAGGACAACCAUUUAGCUGUGGAGUUGACUUACAAUUAUGGUGUGCUCAAAUAUGAAAUCGGGACUGAUCUCGGGCAUUUUGGGAUUGCUGUACCAGACGUUCAAAAAACUCUGAACGAGAUGAGAGAGAAAGGAUUUUUGGCUCCAGCUACUACUUCAGUAGAUCUUAAUAAAGAUGUCUAUGCUUACAUAAAAGACCCGGACGGUUACCCCUUCAAACUCAUACAGAGGAAAGGUAUGCGUGAACGCCUUUGGCAAGCGAGUUACAAGGUCGCCGACAUCGACAGAUCAAUUCUUUUUUACCAAGAUGCUUAUGGAAUGUUCCUGCUUUCGAGAAACGAUUAUCCUUCAUCACAGAAAACAUUCGCAUACUUGGGCUAUAACUUGGAUGACACAAAAGCAACUGUCAUUGAACUGGAGUGUAACUACGGCGUCAAAGAGUACACCAAGGGAACUGGAUAUGUGCAGAUGGGGAUAAGCACGGAUGAUGUUUACGAGACGGCAUAUGCUGCUGAGUUGCAGCAUGCCCGAACAAUCCGUCCCCCUGGUCCCCUACCAGGCAUUCCGACGAAAAUUUAUUCUUGUCUUGAUCCAGAUGGCUGGAAAACUGUCUUUAUUGACAACUAUGACUUUGCACGAGAGUUAGAGCCUGCUGCCUUUAAAUCCAGAGUCACAACCAAUGUAAUACUGGAGACAGGAGAAGCAAAGAGAUGUAGGCCAUAUGAUUUCACUCUUGGGAAUGAUUGAGAAAAAUGGACACAAAAUUUGCAAAACCUUAGCAUGGAUUCUUAGACACGUUCACUGAAACCAAUAUUCUUUGAAGAUAAAACAUUAAGAAUGGCAGUUUAUAUAAAUCCUACCUAGAAUGGCCGGCAAGAAAAUGUUAGUGAGAACAAAAGAGUUUAUCUAUUAAGCAACGAAGGAAGGUAUGAAAGGAUAUAAUACUAAUUUUA